AUGACGAGGGCAAAAUCUGUGAGUGGUGUCAUGCAUUUCAGAGACAGGUUGCAAGGUGGAAGUCCUGGAUCCGGAGCUAGGGCCACCCUCAACGAAGACGACUUGGAUGAGCUAAAGGAGGGCGAGAUUUUCGAGGUGGCAUCAAUUGUCAAAGGCAAAGGCAGGGAGAAUGCCGAGGAGUCGUUGCCACAAUUUAUCAACCCUUGA